GAGAAUUUACACUAAUAUUUUGCUUAAAGAGCACAAAAAUGGACAAUUAACAACUUAAAAGCUGAGUAAUCUGGCACUCAUCCAGCCCAAAAAUGAGCAUCAGCAAUAGCAGAAGUGGUAGUUGUUGCCACCUUGUGUAUCUUUGUCUUGAAGCAAACUACUCUCUCUCUCUCUCUCUCUUUGCAGCGGAAUCCUCCCUUUUCUGUUUGGAGUGUAUAUCUUCAGAAAAAAGACAACCUUUUCUAAGUUAAAAGUCAAUAAAUAUGUAAACAAACCUCUGCAUAUGGAGUUGGUCUUAAGAAACUGACAAGAAUUUCAGGUUCAAGAAUAUAGUCUUAAAGCCAUACAAGAAUUUCCAGAUUCCCUAUCCAAAAGCAAUCUUUGAUAAAAAAAAAAUGUUGUUAAAAAUAACAGCAUUGCUUGUUCUUCUCCUACACAGAUGCCUAGUCUCAGCUUCUGAUUCAGAUCCAGUGCAAGAUUUCUGCAUCCCCAGACCAGAACUCUCGCCCCUCUUGGUCUCCUGCAAGAACUCAUCCCUUGUCACGGUGGAUGACUUUGUGUUCUCCGGCAUAAAAGCCUCAGGAGACGCGAGCAAGACAGGAUUCUCAUCCAUCCCAGUUAGUGCAAGUGCCUUCCCUGGCCUCAACACAUUAGGCAUGUCCCUUGUUCGCGCAGACUUUGAGCCCGGUGGCAUCAACGUGCCACAUUACCAUCCACGUGCAACUGAGGUGGCGUUCGUGGUGGAGGGGAGGAUCUACUCCGGCUUUGUGGACUCACAAAACCGCGUCUUUGCUAAGGUUCUUGACAAGGGGGAGGUCAUGGUGUUUCCUAGAGGCUUGCUGCAUUUCCAGAUGAAUGUAGGCGAGGCGCGGGCCACCAUCAUUGGGAGCUUCAACAGCCAGAAUCCUGGUUUGGUGAGAAUCCCAUCUGCUGUGUUUGGAUCACCCAUUAAAGAUGAGCUGUUGGAGAAGGUUUUUGGAUUGAAUGAUAAGGAAUUGGCUAAGGUGAGGAAGAAACUUCUUCCUAAGGUAUAGCAGAUUCCUUGUUAUUUUUUUCUUCUUCACAUAUUUCCUAGUGUUUAAUAAUAUUCAAGUUUCUAUGUGUAAAAUUGUUGCAACUAAAUUUUUCAUUUUUAUCAGGGAAUCAAGUUUAGUUCUUUGAAA